AAGCAGUGCUAGUGAAGAGAUGGAAAACAAGACAAUGUCAACAAGCUUUCAAAGUGAAGCUAAGGAUUUCAAUGAAGAAAUGAAGCUAACACAAAACACAGCCUAUCAACCAGUAGUAAAGACUCAUACUAGUACUGAAGAAGCAAUGUACUCAGAUCUUCAUGACUACUCAGAUUAUCAGCUACCAAAAGCUAAUGUUAAGGAUACCAAACCUCCUAAACAACCAGUGCAGUAUACUGUAGGAAAGAAGUCAUUUGCUGCAAUAAUAAUUCUAUUGGUGAUCAUAAGAUUCCUAUUGGUAGCUAUACUUGUACUUAACUUAAUAUCAAAAGAUACCUUCAUGAGUACAUGUACAAGUAAUGCAAGCAGUAACAGUGCUGGCCUCACUAAUAGUGGUAAUACUGCUAUUAACGGUAACCUGUCACUGAUACAGGAUACAAUGAACAAUAUAAUUCAACAGAUUAUGGUACAUGCUAAUAAUACCAACAGGUCUACAGAUGAACUACUUCAAUUACUGAACACUAGUCUUAUUAAAGAUAUCAGUAUACCAACUGCUGCUGCUGUUAAUGAUGUACUACUAGUAGUCAAUGAAUUACUAGAGAUACAGAAUGAAUCCUCUUUGUUUAAUUACAUCUGA